UAGGUCCCGCCUCUAGAGCGGCUUUGGAGGCCUGCGUGUGGAGAAAAGCCUCCAGGGAGAGCUGUGCCGCCCUCCAACCUUCGCCCCUGCCCUCGACUUUUUCCCACAGCUCAAAAUGGCCGCUGGUGUGGAUUUUGGCGAUCUAGAAUUAUUCGAGGCGUUUGACCCUCAAGAGGAGUCAACCCCGAAGCCAGUUCACACCCGCUUCAAGGACGACAACGAAGAGGAGGACGCCGAAGAGAACGGGGUGGGGGACGCGGAGCUACAGGAGCAGCUUCGGCACAGUGAGGAAACGAUCGAGCAACUCCGCGCCGAGAAUCAAGAACUUAAAAGAAAAUUGAACAUUCUGACAAGACCCAGUGGCAUACUGGUGAGCAAUACUAAGAUAGAUGGACCCUUAUUACAAAUUCUAUUUAUGAACAAUGCUAUUUCAAAACAAUACCACCAAGAAAUAGAGGAGUUUAUAUCAAAUUUAGUAAAACGAUUUGAGGAGCAGCAAAAAAAUGAUGUGGAAAAAACUUCUUUCAGCCUUUUACCCCAGCCGUCCAGUGUUAUUUUGGAAGAGGACCAUAAAGUAGAAGAAUCAUGUGCCAUUAAAAGCAACAAGGAAGCUUUCAGUGUUGUAGGAAGUGUCCUGUAUUUUACUAAUUUUUGCCUUGAUAAAUUGGGGCAACCGCUACUAAAUGAAAACCCUCAGCUUACGGAAGGAUGGGAAAUACCCAAGUACCAGCAAGUCUUCAGCCACAUUGUUUCUCUAGAAGGGCAAGAAAUGCAAGUAAAGGCAAAAAGGCCGAGGCCUCAUUGUUUCAAUUGUGGUUCUGAAGAGCAUCAGAUGAAGGAGUGCCCAAUGCCUCGGAAUGCUGCUCGAAUAAGUGAAAAGAGAAAGGAGUAUAUGGAUGCCUGUGGUGAGGCAAACAGUCAGAGUUUUCAGCAGCGGUACCAUGCAGAAGAAGUAGAAGAAAGAUUUGGACGAUUCAAGCCAGGAGUUAUUAGUGAGGAACUUCAGGAUGCACUGGGUGUGUCGGACAAGAGUCUUCCCCCUUUCAUCUACCGGAUGCGCCAGCUGGGCUACCCUCCAGGCUGGCUCAAGGAGGCUGAACUGGAGAAUUCAGGGCUUGCACUUUAUGAUGGAAAUGAUGAUGCUGAUGGAGAAACAGAAACUGGAGAAAUACAGAAUAAAAAUGUCACUUAUGAUCUCUCAAAAUUGGUAAACUAUCCUGGUUUUAAUAUAUCUACUCCCAGAGGUAUUCCAGAUGAAUGGAGAAUAUUCGGUUCCAUACCAAUGCAGGCAUGUCAACAGAAGGAUGUGUUCGCCAGUUACCUUACUUCUAACAUCCAGUCGCCGAGCAUGAAGUCUGGCAGCAAGCGAUCUUCCUCUCAGUCCAGCCCUAAUAGUCCAAAGAAGCAGAGGAAGGAAGGCAGCUCAGCAGCCUCCCCCGCUGACAUGGAACUUGACUCAGAUGCGGAGGUUCCACCUGGUUCUCAGAGCAGCAAAGCCUUUCAGUUUCAACCACCAUUGCCUCCUGGCACACCUCCUCCGCUGCCACAGGGAACACCUCCACCCCUCUUUACUCCUCCGCUCCCGAAGGGCACCCCACCACUGACGCCCAGUGACUCACCCCAGACCCGACCCACAGCAGCCAUGGAUGAAGACACCCUGACACUGGAGGAGCUUGAGGAGCAGCAGAGGCAGAUCUGGGCGGCUCUGCAGCAGGCCGAGGGCGGCAACAGCGACUCUGAUGUUCCUGUGGACACACCUUUAACUGGGAAUUCAGUUGCCUCCUCCCCUUGUCCAAAUGAGUUUGACCUCUCUGUUCCAGAAGGAAAGGCCGUGGAAAAACCAGUGCUGACUGACCCCCAGGGACCAACCAUUUCUGCAGAAACAACUGGACCUGAACCUCCCUCCAGCCCAGCUGCAGGGGCAGCCGUGCUCUGUCAGAAAGAAGAGGGAGAAGAUACAGAGGGGGACCCUGAAGAUGCUCUUGACAAUGGCAGUGUGUCGAACUGUGACGUGAGGAAUGGAGGCAGCCAGAAGCUCCUUCAUCUGGGCACCCGCCCCUCGACAGCUUCAAAAACCCACAGCCUGGUACCUGACAUGAGCAAGUUUGCCACUGGAAUAACACCCUUCGAAUUUGAGAACAUGGCUGAGUCCACUGGAAUGUACCUCAGGAUAAGAAGCCUGUUAAAGAAUUCACCCCGAAAUCAACAGAAAAACAAAAAGGCUUCUGAGUGAGCGCUUGCCGCAGUGUCCCUGCUGCAGGACAGUCUGCAGCUCUGUUCUCGUGGACUGAGAUGGCAAGUGCGGUCACUUCCCGUGUGCCCUUCCCACCUUUCAGAAUCUGCCCAUGGUUUUAUUGUGAUCUCAGCUCUAGCCUGUUUCACAGAAUGAAAGACUAGACGUGAGUUUGCUAUUUUACUCUCUCUGACAACAGCCGAGGGUGUGUUCAUGAGCUGCUUCAAAGGUGGUUGGUUCGGGAGUAUCUGUCCAGAGUGAAGGUUUUUUGUUUUUUUAUUUUUAAUGUCUUUUGUAAAUGUUUUCCCUUUCUACAUUUUGCUAUUAUCCUGUAUAUAGAAACUUAAUAUAUCACUUUUUAAAAGAAAUUCUAACAACUUUAAAUUCACAUUUCAAUUCCAACAACCAAAUGAGAACAAUCAGGGAUGAGCAGCUUUGUCCUGCUUGGGGUAUUUUUGUAAGAUUUUCAUGCAUGAAUUUUAAUAACACUUUUACUUUUUGUAAUUUAAUUAUUUGAAUCCAGUAAAGGUGUGCUCACCUUUGUGUACAGAGGUUUAAUAAAUUAGUUUUCUUACACAUGAACCAAGACUUUGGGAGAUGUGACUCACAGUUAAAUUGUUCUUUUAAACUUAGAUGAAAAUUAUGUGGUUGCAAAGAAACUGCAUGUUUGGCUGCUAUAAGUGGACCCCAGCCUUACAUAUAAUAAUAUAGAAACAAAAUUGUUUAAUUAUUUUGGAAUGGAGGUCAGUUAGCCUUUAUACAAGAUAAUAUUGUGCAUUCAAGCCGUAAGGUAAUAGACAGACACAAACUGAGUGUGACGGUCUAUUAGGCAAGCAGGAGCCAGAUCUGGUUCUGUUGGUGCUGUUGGUCAAGCUCGGGAACAUUUGGAGAUCCUGAACUCAUGUAGUGUUGUUACUCUGCUCCCAGGCCAACAGAGGGCGAAAGGGAAUCAUUCUGGACUCAGUGUUCAUCUCUGACUUGCAUCGUCCAGUUCACUGAUUUGUAAGCAGUAAAGGAAGGGUGCUUACAAAAAAGGGUGAAUGAGGCCAUGCUGGAAUAAAUGUUGAGUGCUUUGA